CUUUUUCAAAAAGUACCCAGCUCAUAUUUCCAGUUUCCUCCUCUUAUAUCUCUUUGUGCUUCUUCCACUUCCCUUUCUCAAAAAAGCUCAUUAUACCAAAGGGCUAGAAUGGCAUGCUCAAAGGUAAUCAUUGCUCUAAUGUUGGCCUUUAUCGCCGGAUCGGCUUUGGCACAGGCACCGGGAGCAUCUCCAGCAGCUUCUCCAAAGAGUUCUCCGGUACCAGUAGCAUCACCACCGAUAGCGGCAACUCCUCCUACUACAACAUCAACACCUGUCUCUGCUCCUGCAAAUACUCCUACUACUGCAUCUAACUCUCCAAUGGCAUCUUCUCCUUCCGGCGGUUCUCCUACCGAAUCACCAAACUCUGCUUCCUUCAUCAGAGUCGCCGUCGCCGGAUCUGCUGUUGCAGCUGUCUUUGCUGCUGCUUUCAUGCUUUAAACUUUCUGAUAUGUGAAUAUUUGCAUAGGGUUUAUUUUUAAUGUUUCGUUGUUACUAAUUCUUUUGGCGGUAGUUUUGACCGCUGUUGUACUAAUAUAUUCUUAUUGUUGAAUAUUAUUGCGAGAUUCUUUAUUUA